AUGUACAUAUCUCUGUCUCUACGUAACAAGGUGAGUGGAGAAAGGGCGGGAAAAGGGGACCCGUGACAUGGCGUGUAUUCUCUCUCUCUCUCUCUGUGUGUGUGUGUGUGUGUGUGUGUGCAGCGACAGCGGUGCGGCGUGUGCUCACCAGGUGGCUGCUGUGGGUGCUUACGGCAGAGGGAGGAGGGCCCUCCUCGGAUGGCUGUCUACAUUUUAUAUCUGCAAGGCUCUAUGGACAUCAUCCCUCGAACAAUGCAUCGCCCGGUACGGAGAGCAGCCAUGCCAUCCAUGCACACCCUGCUCAUGUGUCUCACGUCCGUCGUCAGCUAGUGCAACAAGUUCGCCACUCGCGGACCCCAGCAAGCGGCCAUCCGGCAGCGCCACGCACAGCGUCGUCGGACAUCGGAGGCGAGCGCACCACUGCCGAGGGCUUCGUCUCUCACCCUGGUGAGGGAUUGGGAAUGGGCGAGCUCUGAUACGCCGCAGACAAUGCACCUCACUCACUUUUGUCUGUAUGUCUUCGAUCUACAGGUGAGAGUUGGUUGCUUGACGGCGGCCUUCGCAUGUAGGCCUUAGUCACUCGGCGAGGGCCUCGCCCUUCACAUGUGGAGAUAGCCGGCUCGCGCAGCUCCACCAGGAGGGAGGCUGGCCAUCGGUGCGAGCGUCCCGACCAAGACCCAGCUGCCGUCGACCACCCCUGCCAUCCCCCCCAGCCGACUGGCGGAACCCCUUUGAGUACUGUGUGGGCGCUGGUGUGUACGGGAGGGUGUUCAAAGGCAUCGUUGACGGUCAGUCAGUCAGUCAGUCAGUGAGAGAGCAUCCAUUCGCAAGAGAGAAAGACUCCCACGUGUGUGUGUGCCGCUUGGUUGUGCAGAUGUGGGAGGACGGCUUCGAGCACGAGCUCAAGACACUCUUCACCCACAGGUGUUGGCGAAGAGGUCUUCGUGUGCGGUGACGUGCCAGAAUUGGGGAGCGUCAAUCGCCUCCAGUUGGGCUGCCGCCACCUUCCCACCAACGCGAAGCAGCUCCAGUGCGUCCAUUGGGAUGCACAGCGUGGCAGCACAUGGGAGUCUGACAGGACCGCCAUUGUCAACAUCCCCGACAGCAGCAAGCCUGUAGAGUACAAGUAUGUGAUUUGCGACACCAGCAGCAAGCCGCCCAAGAUCGUGCGCUGGGAGAGGGAGUUCGGAGAGCUCGGCCAGCACCGGGCGAUUGUAGUCAAGUCGGGCCAGAUCACCACAAACCAUGACAAGUGGGAGGUGGUUCAGUCCAUCAGCACCACAUGUGAGAGAGAGAUGGGUGGCUGGAUGGGUGGGUGCAUCUCUGUCUACAUUUCAUAUCUGCGGCUUGUGUGCACGGAAUUCAUCGAAUGA